AGAGGAGCCCCUAGCUGUGGGUCAGCCCUCCACCCACCCUGUGGAUGCUGCAUCCCUGGAGAUGAUGCCCCCUGAGGAGGAGAACCUGGAUGGCCCCAGGAAAGGGGACAGGGACAGUGGCCUCAUCCUCCUGCACGGCCCCAAGAGCGGCAGCACUCGGAAGGGCUGUGAUCCCUUCGCCCAAACCCAACGGAGCAAACUCCAACAUCGCCGGGCCCGGAUCAACCAGCAGAUCAACAAGGAGAUGAGGAUGAGGGCGGGAGCAGAAAACCUCUUCAGGGCCACCAGUAACCACAAGGUGAAGGAGACAGUCGCCCUGGAGCUGAGCUACGUCAACUCCAACCUGCAGCUGCUCAAGGAGGAGCUGGAGGAGCUCAACAGCAGCGUGGACGUGUAUCAGAACGACAGUGAGUCCAUCAGUGUUCCCAUGAUCCCUUUGGGAUUGAAGGAGACCAAGGAGCUGGAUUUGCUGGUUCCACUGAAGGAUUUCAUCAGUGAACACUAUGGAGAGGAAGGUGUCCUGUUUGAGAAAGAAAUCAAGGAUUUCAUGGAGCUGAGGCAGGCCAUGCGCACCCCGAGCCGCAACGAAGCCGGGCUGGAGCUCCUGAUGGAAUAUUACAACCAACUGCACUUCCUCGACAGCCGCUUCUUCCCUCCCACCAAACCCCUGGGGGUCUUCUUCCACUGGUACGACUCCCUGACGGGGGUGCCAUCCCACCAGCGGGCACUGGCCUUCGAGAAGGGCAGUGUCCUCUUCAACCUGGGGGCCCUGCACACCCAGCUUGGGGCGCGCCAGGACCGCGCCACCCUGCCCGGCCUCGCCCAGGCCAUCGACGCCUUCCAGAGGGCAGCGGGUGCCUUUAACUACUUGAAGGAGAACUUCUCCAACGCUCCCAGCCUGGAUAUGAGCGCUCCUUCCCUGAACAUGCUGGUGAGGCUGAUGGUGGCCCAGGUCCAGGAGUGUGUCUUUGAGAAGAUGACCUUGCUCCGUGCCCAGAAUGACUUCCUGGCCCGGCUGCAGCUCGCUCAGGAGGCGGCAAAGGUGGAGGACGUCUACUCGCUGGUGCACCAGACCAUGACCCAGCCCCACGUGAAGGACUAUGUUCCCUUCUCCUGGACCACCAUGGUCCACGUCAAGUCAGAGCAUUUCAAAGCCCUCCACUACUUCGCUGCCAUCGCCCUCUGCGACUGCCCCGUGCCCUCGGAAUCGGAGCUCCCAGAGCAGGAGAAGGCUUUCAUGCAGUUCCAUGUCACCAUGCCAGAGGGACCAUCGCUCCGUGUCCUGCUGCAGGAUCCCGAGGAGAGGAGGAAGCUGGGCAAAGCUCACCUGAAAAAAGCCAUCAUGAAGCACGAGGAGGCCAUGAGGAUCCACGGGUUGUGCAAGAUCCUCAGGAAGAUGGACAUCCUGCAGGAGGUCCUGUCCUUCGCCCACAAACGCUCCCUGAGCAAAUACUCGGAAUCAGACCACGAGGAGGAUUUCUUCGAGACGGGAGAUGCCCCAGACAUCCACCCCAAAACCCACCAGAAGCCCGAGAUCAAACCCCCAAACUUCUCCCAGGUGAAGGUGACCGACCUCUUCCACAGGCUGGGACCCCUGUCAGUCUUCUCUGCCAAAAACAAGUGGUAUCCAGCCAGGAGAGUCCACCUGAGGAGGGGAGAGAAUGGAUUUGGGUUCACCCUGAGAGGAGACUCCCCGUCCUCAUCGCCGGCGUCAUCCCGGGGGGGCUGCGCUGCCGCAGCCGGGCUGAAGGAGGGGGAUUACAUCGUCUCAGUCAAUGGCAAGGACUGCAGGUGGGCCAAGCACGCCGAGGUCGUGCAGCUCCUCAAGAGCACCGGGCGAGAGGGCGUCGACAUCGGGGUCAUCACCCUGCACGGCUCCCAGGCCCCCAGGGCUGUGGACAAGAAGGUGGCAGGGAUGUCCUCGGGGAUGCUGAAGAGCAACAAGGAGAACAGCAGGAAGAGCCUGAUGAACAGCAAGAGCCCCAGCACGCUGCUGGUGUGGAGCAAGAAGAGCAAGCGCAGCAAGAAGAGCACCUACAGCGGCGUCCCCUUCACUGCCGUGGGGGACAACGAGGCCAUGUACUGAGGGGCUCACCAGGCUCUCCUGUGUCCCUCCAGCUCCAGGACUGGCUGUCUGGGAAGCCUUGGAAGCACCAGUGGCCUGGCUGGGCUGUGCGGGUGUCGGGGCUGCCAGGACCCCCCAUCCGGGGGACGGAUCCUCUUGGAAAAGGACUCCUCCAUCUCCCAGCUCUGGACACCUCUAUGUCCCAGCUCGUCCCUCCUCAGCGAAACAAUGGGAAAACCCUGAUUUAUUCGUGGUUUUUAAUAAUUUUUUUGUUGCUCUUCAGGGGUUGGGGGGAGCUUUGGUCUGAGCAGGGGCUGGUUGUGUUGCCUGCUCAGUGCGAGGAGCCACCAAACCCAGCCCUCAGCCAUUAAAGGAAAAGCUGUGACCUCCUUUAGCAUCUCCUGCGCUUUCUCUGCAAGGUAGAAGAUGACACCACUGCCAGAGAGCUGCUGGCACAGCUGAAUCCUUCAGCAGCUCCCCCUGGGACUCCCCUUUUUCAGGAGAGGGGACCCCAUGGGCAUCAAC